AUGAGGAACAUCGACGUCAUCUACGAUUUACGCUUAGAUGGCGCGAAAGCUCGAAAGAAAUUGUUCGAUUACCUCGAAGAGAGGCAUCCUGGUGGCGAAUCCAUAUGGCACAGCCUCGUGCAGAACUUCCACAGCCAUGAUGUAGUCAAAUUUCCAGAGUACGCUACUCGACCACGCUCAAUCGAAACCAUUACUACCUGGGUAUAUUUCUUCACAGAAGCUCGACAGGGUGUUCUACUGAAGGGAAUGGACUUCGACGCAUUAGUCCUCGAUGAAGCUGUAGCAGCUGUAGCAGCGGAGCAAAAGAAACCGAAAAAGAAGAACAAGCCGAGGAAACGUAAAGGUGCCAAAUCGGGGGAGCUGCCUGAUGAGAAGGAGCUGCCAGUUGCUCAAGAGAAGUGCACAUCUCAAGACCUUCCUGUGUCUCUUGAACAACCUCCACAGAGGGACGACACGACACCGCAAGAGGAGUCUGUAACUCAAGAACAACACACAUCCCCAGAGCAAGCUCUACCCCAGGAAGAGCCCCAAACCAAAAAGCAGCGCUUAUCUCGAGAGCUAUCGACUACGCCUACACCUUGUGGACCUACACCCUUUUCAACGCUGGAAGAGAAGGAGAAGAGCGAGCAGAAGCAGUCAACAGAGCAGUUAAAGAAGCAAAGAAAGAAGCAAUCGAGAUGGGAGAAGAAACAUGGCAAGGCAGGAAAAUCCGACGCUAACAAGCAAGCAGCCUCAAUCACGGUGGAGGAGUCUUCGCCAUCCGUUGUCGCGAAGGCCGAUGACGGUGGUGACAGUGUUGCUGGAAACGCCGACAAGGAUAACGACGGUGUUAUUGGCAGCAGUGUUAUCAACGACGGUGGUGACCUUGGUGGCCACUUGUCUGCGGCUGAUUCGGUUCCUAGCGAUGAAGCGCCUACCAAUCAAGAGACGGUUCAAGAGCAUCCAAGCAACAGGUACGAAGUUUUGAUGGCCAAGCCGUCGAAACACGCUGGGAAGUCCGCCGGAAAGCUAGCGUUCCAUGCCGAUAGUGAAGAUGACAUGAAGAAGGCCAUGGAGGAGAGUCUUCUGAACGACCCGGGUAGUUGGUCAAAGGUGCAAGGGCGCGCGAAAGUGCGACCAAAGCAGAAGCAGAAACAGCGCACCGACGAUCGCAAGAGUAUCCAAGAUGCGUACAGAGAGAGAGGCUAUGCAACUGCUGUUACCGAUGCACAGUUGGACAGGGCAAGAGCUGAAGUGAAAUCGAGAGAGGUACGGGCGGACUAUCUCAGAUCUAAAAUAACGAGCUUGUCUGCUCUAAUACCAGGUGAGGGCAGCACUGGAUCAAUCAAAGAACACAACAGUACCGCUCGCGGGCAGCCUACUUCCUGGUCAGCGCUUUUUAAGCCUACGGAGAAUGACACAGGGCGCAGUUCCCCUCGAGACGCGACUCCGUCUACGAAUGCUGUAGAAACGCAACCGCGUACCACAAACGUCAGAGAGGACCAUGAACCCAUCCAAGAGAGUGCGCAUUCUGUAGAACCUCAAGCUGUUGCGCAAUCAGAACCACCCGUCAAGCAAGAGGAUUUCAAGGGCUCAAAGCCGUCCAAGGCUGUUGCCGGCGCGGUAUCGACUCCCACAUCAGGCACAGAGAACAGCGAGUCCAUCAAGAAGACCGUACGGCCUGCGAGCCGUCACAAGACUAUGCAAUCACAACCACCAGUUAUUCAAGAGAGUCCCGAGGAUUUGGUGUCGUCCAAGGUCGUUGCGGGCGCAGGAACGACCUCCACAUCAGGCACAGAGAAGAGCGGUUCCACCAAAGAGACAGUACAGCUUGUGGAUUCUCAGAAUGUUGCGGAACAAGGAGUUCCGGCAGAUAAGGGGGCAUCCGGGGACUUUACACCAUCUGAAGAUGCUGCGGGUGCGGGAUCGACUUCCACAUCUGGCAUAGAGAACAGCAGUCCGAUCAAGGAGACGGUACUGCCUGCGGAGCCUCAAGAUAUCGCGCAAUCGGAGCAUCCGGCAGAGAAGAAGAAAUCCAGGGACCUCGCGCCAUGCGAAGACGCUGCUGAUGCAAAAUCAACUCCUGCGCCCAGCGCAAGGAACGAAGGCUCCACCACAGAGAGCGCACAAACUGUCGACCCUCACUCCUUUGCGCAAACAAAGAUACCGAUGGAUGAGGAGGCUGCCGAAACUCGCCACAGGCGUAGGGCCAGCUCGCCGCCAUCUGUGAGUUCUCACGCUCCUGCGCAAUCGCAACCGCCGGUGGACGAAGAGGCACCCGAAUAUCACCACAGUCAUGAGGACGGUUCGCCGCCUCCUGCGAGUCUUCACGCUUCUGCGCCAUCGCAACCACCGGUGGAUAAGGAGGUCCCUGAACCUCACCAUAGUCAUAAGGAUAGCUCGCCGCCACCUGCGAGUCCUCACGCUCCUGCGCAAUCGCAACCGCCGGUAGACGAAGAGGAGCCCAAGGACUACAAUGGCCAUGAGGAUCACACAGAAUUACUUCAGGAAGAUGAUACACCAAGCCAGCCCUCAAUCGUGGCCGACUCGGCCACGUCGCAUGUGGAGCAGUGGCUUGCAAGUAAAUAUGCAGCUGCCUUCGCCGGGCUCACGCAAGCGGAAAUAGACAAUGCGCACUGGCGGCCUCAGCAGUCAACAACGAUUUAG